CCUCGCGCCCUGCGGAGGCGCCAACGGCCGCAGCGCGUCCGGGGCCGCGCCGGCGCCGCCUGAGAGCCGAGCCCGCGCUGACUGGGGCCCGGGCCGGAUGGGCGCUGCGGGCCGGGGCGCGGACCGCCGAGCGGCCGUUGUGACGCUUUUCUCUCGUCCCAACUGUGUGGACAGUGCCACACGCCCUCCGAACGACGACGGCCCUUGCGUGCAUCUUCCGCUGUUUUUCCUGUCAGAGGGCCCAGCAGAGCCGCCGGCCGUCCAGUGCCAGCCCUGAGCUGAGCGAGGAGCGCCCAGCCGAGAUGGUGAAGAUGACAAAAUCCAAAACGUUCCAAGCUUAUUUGCCAAACUGUCACCGAACCUACAGCUGUGUCCACUGCAGAGCCCACCUGGCCAACCACGAUGAGCUGAUCUCCAAGUCUUUUCAGGGAAGUCAGGGACGAGCCUACCUCUUCAAUUCUGUGGUCAACGUGGGCUGUGGCCCGGCGGAGGAGAGGGUCCUUCUCACUGGGCUGCACGCGGUCGCAGACAUCUACUGUGAAAACUGCAAAACCACGCUCGGGUGGAAAUAUGUGAGUACCCGUGCACUCCGGGCCCGCGGAGCCUGCGCCGACUCACCGCGGUACCGGAACACGCGUUACAGUCAGGAGCAAAAUUUGCAAAGGAGUAAGACCUCCUGCCUGAAGUGUCCCGUGUUCUCGUUGUAGCAUGUCUUUCUAGCCAAUUGAAGGUGGAGGUCCUCACAUGGUUGUACCCGCGCUCCCCUGACUCCCGGAGGUGGGACGUGGGUAACAGCCAUGCUGGCUGGCGGGCAUGAGGCCCUGCCCUCCGAGGGUCCUCUGGCAGGAGGGGAGUGGCCCACCCAUGUAGGAGACACUCCCUGGUGGCUGGGGCGGCCCCCAGCAAGGCCUGGCCUCACUGGCCCACCUGGGGCUUGGCCCAUAGGCAGCUUCUGCCCCCCGCUCCCUGAUCCCGUUGUUCCCCACCCCUCCUGUUGGCUCCCAAGUCUGUCUCCUGUGCCCCCGACCACCACCAGCUGUGGCACCUGAGAGGUGCGUCUGGGUGUGGCUGGUGCCUGCCUGUUGUCCGCUACAUUCAUUCUGGCCAUCUUGGUCAGGGCUGCCUGUGCUUCCUCUUUCUGGAUUCCUGACUUCCUGUCCUCCACAUUCCUCGACACACAUGAGGAGACGCAGUCCCCGGUGUGGAGAUGGGCUCCGAGAGGCCUGCAUGUGCCCACACAUACACCCUGCCAAGCCCCAUUCCAUUUCUACCUUCACUGCCCAGCCAAGGGCCUUCUCUCUCACUCCAGCAUCUUAAAUGACCCCCCGGUGCUGGCUAUAGUGGCCUCCACUGGCCUUUUACCUGCAGUCCCUGCAAGCAGGCCCUCGCUCCCCUUCCUCCCUCCCGGAUUGUCUUACGCAUGGCAGAUGCUCAGGGACAAACUUGAAUUACCCUUUCCCUGUGAAAUGGAUCUGUAAGGUUAAGGACAAGUAGAGGUGGGCUGCCCUUCCCUGCCCAGGCUUGUCACCAAGACAGACCCCUCCCCUGGCCCUGGUCUGCGGAACAAGGGACACCUGGGGAGAUUUGACCCCAUAUGCUUAUUUUCUUUGCCAAGAGUGUAAUGAAGUUGAAAAGUGAAGUCUAUUCUGUCCUGAAACCUUCUUUCUACUUUUUUUUUUUUUUU